CCAUUAAUUAACAAUUUUUGUUUUAAAAUAGAAAGGCUGUGGAAGAACUUCUUACAGAGGCAAAGCGUGGAAAAGCCAGAGCUGAAACCAUGGGACCCAUGGGCUGGAUGAAGUGUCCUCUUCCAGGAGCCAACAAACGAUUUCUCAUCAAUACUCUUAAGAAUACCAUACAAUCUCAACGACAAACAUAUGAUCUGAGACAAAGGGAGGAGGUUAAAGAUUCAACUCUAACUGAGAAGGAACAAAGGAAAAAGGAGAAGCAUCACAAAAAUAGCUUCCAACCUUACAAACCAGGAUCAAAACCGAGGAUGAAAGCUAGAAGGUCUCCUUCUCCACGGCGAAAUGACUCAAAGAGAGGAUUCAAAAUGUACAAGAGUUCAAAAGAUUAUUGAAAACCUUUUGCAUCAGCAGGCAUCUAAGAUGAUUAGACUACAAAAGCAAGUCCAAAUUAGAAUAGAAAUUAGUUUUUGCUUUGAAGAAUUUCAAACAUUGACCCAGAACAGUAACAACUGGCAAAUACCUUCUUGGGCAGCAUUCUAGCACACCAUCCAGAUUAACCAGACUACGUUUCGUGCAAACAUUGCACUUAUUUGUUCUACAUAAUUGCAUUGGUAUACAAUAUCACAUGAAGAACUCUUAAGUGAAGCAGUAUUUGACACAAAAACAAAGAUUUGGUUGCUCUCAUCAAUAGUGGGGAAAAAAGCAGAAAGUGUAAAAACAAAUGCAGAGAUAUUCUGUAGAUAAAGAAGUUCUUAGCAUCCUACAAAAA